UUUGUGCCCUCUGGUCCCUUUAAUGCCGUGAGUAAUUAUUUAACGAACUGGCAGGUGAUUGUGGUUAGGGGUAAAAAAAAAAAAAAACUCUAGAAUGAGUGUGCUUCUCUUUUAAUCCAAUUGUAUGAUAAGUGUUCACAAAACCCCCGCUUUCCCCCCUUUUAGAGUCUUCUAUUCUAGUCUUGCGGUGCAGACUCCAUCCAAUCCCAUUUGCUCAUGUCCCUGUCCAAUCACAAGGACAACAGAGGCUGUUUUAACUGGGAUGUCAUCUUUUAUGUCAUCAUUGCAUCUGUAAAACCGCAGAAAGUUCGCCUCACUUGCGUCUCCCGGAUACUUUUGGAUCGUUACCGUCUUUUUUCUGCAUGUUUUCGCCACUGCUUUUCUGCCUCCACUUGUAUGGUGAUCCAGUAGCUGUUGGAAUUAAACGGUGAUGGCAGACUCUGCUGGUGCUCAAGAGACACGCCAGUCCUCCAAAGACCCCAUCAAGUUCUCCAUCAAGAACCUGCUCAACAUCGAGGACCACCAGACCCCCGCCUGCAGGCCCAAGAGCUUCCUGCAGGGUGGCCCGUCCAAAGGGCUCCUGGAGGGCAGCUUCUUUUCCCGACUCGCCGACUUGUCUCUGCCCCGCUUGGAGCUGCCCACGCAGAGGCUCGGCCUGUCCGCGUCCCCCUGGUGGUACCCGUACACCCUUGGCGCUCACCUGAAAGCAGCAGGGUCAGACAAGGAGCAAUUGUUGCUGCACGAGAGACGCUCCCCCGACGCCCCCAAAAGUGAGCAGGACCCCAAAGAAGAAAGUGCAGAAGAUGAUGAAAGCGAUCCAGACGAAGCAAAAACGAAAGAGCCAGAGGACGACUGGAGGAGGAAACCCGACAGCGACUCUGCAGACUCGGACAAGAAGCCGUGCAGGAAGAAGAAGACCCGCACUGUGUUCUCCAGGAGCCAGGUGUUCCAGCUGGAGUCCACCUUUGACAUCAAGCGCUACCUGAGCAGUUCGGAGAGGGCUGGCCUGGCCGCCUCGCUGCACCUGACCGAGACCCAAGUCAAGAUCUGGUUCCAGAACCGCAGGAAUAAGUGGAAAAGGCAGCUGGCCGCCGAGUUGGAGGCGGCUAACCUGAGCCACGCCGCGGCACAGAGGAUUGUGCGGGUGCCCAUUCUGUACCACGACAACGGACCUCCGGAGAGCAGCGGUAGUCCCGCUGGGAGCUCCCCCGGCAGCCAGGCGUCUCUCCUGGCCUUUUCCCACCACAUGUACUACCCCCAUCCGGUUCCUCUACUGAGACCUGUUUAACACACUAUGUACUUUGUAUAUUUUGUAGAGUCAAUGCAUUCCUAUGAUGUGCUCUUCUUUUAUGUCCCAGGCCCUUUUUAGAGAUAAUCUAAUGUCAUUUGUCAUGAAAUGCUCCAAAGUGCUUGAAUAUAUUUUCAUGUGCAAGAUUAUACAUAAUGUAUUUUUAACACUCUUGUGCUUGUGUUAUGUUAUGUUAUAUUGUGGGAUUCAAUAUUUUGAUAUUGCUUAAUUCAAUGGUGCAAUACAAUUAUCUUGAUGUUAUAAGGCUUCAUUUAUGUAUGCUUUGUAAGACAAUGGACAAUCAAUCAUCAUCAUCAUCAUGGUAAAUUAAACCAC